CCCGGCACCCACGCCAUGAAGGAGGAGGCGUUUCUCCGGCGCCGAUUCUCACUGUGCCCACCGUCCUCCGCCCCGCAGAAAACCGACCCGCAGAAGCUCGCCCGGAACCUGCUCUUCGGUGGGGAGCACGAGCUCUACCCGCUCAGCCCAGGGAAGGAUGUGGAGUCUAAUGGCCCAUUGCCACCAAGGGAUGAGGGGCCCCCGACCCCGGGCUCCGCCACGAAGGUGCCACCGGCAGAGUUCAGGCUGUGCAAUGGGUCUGACAAGGAGUGUGUGUCCCCAACGGCCAGGGUCACCAAGAAGGAGACUCUCAAGGCGCAGAAGGAGAACUACCGGCAGGAGAAGAAGCGGGCCACGAAGCAGCUCUUCAGCGCCCUGACCGACCCCAGUGUGGUCAUCAUGGCUGACAGCCUGAAGAUCCGCGGGACCCUGAAGAGCUGGACCAAGCUGUGGUGUGUGCUGAAGCCAGGGGUGCUGCUCAUCUACAAGACGCCCAAGGUGGGCCAGUGGGUGGGCACGGUCCUGCUGCACUGCUGCGAGCUCAUCGAGCGGCCCUCCAAGAAGGACGGCUUCUGCUUCAAGCUCUUCCACCCGCUGGACCAGUCCGUCUGGGCCGUGAAGGGACCCAAAGGUGAGAGUGUGGGCUCCAUCACCCAGCCCCUGCCCAGCAGCUACCUGAUCUUCAGGGCCGCCUCGGAGUCGGACGGCCGCUGCUGGCUGGACGCCCUGGAGCUGGCGCUGCGCUGCCCCAGCCUGCUGCGCCUGAGCACCUGCAAGCAGGGCCGCGACGGCGACCCGGGCUCCUCGCCAGACGCGUCGCCCUCGCCGCUCUACGGGCCUCCCGCCUCAGCCGCCGGGCACCCGGACCAGGACCUGUUCCCGCUGAGCGGGUCUUGCGUGGACAACCACCUGGAGCACGACGCGUUCUCGGACAAGUCGGAGAGAGAGAACGCGGAGGAGUCGGACGCCGAGGCCCGGGACCGCAGCCGGGGGACCCCCGGGAGCCGGAGCGACCAGGCGGCGCGGAGGGGGACCACCUACGUGGAGCAGGGCCGCGACGAGGAGCUCGGGGAG